AUGGGGGAAUAUAUACCACGUUUUGAGCAGCGAGAAGGUGAUCAGCGCAGUUAUGGUCCACAACGUCUUCCCACUUUGGGAGCUGUUCCGGUCAAGAAUGAAAAAGGACAAGUGGUUAUGCAGAAAGUCAAAGUGCAGCGGCCUAAUUAUGCCAAAGAAGGUGGCUCAGAAUCGGAUGAAGAACGAGAUGACAAAAAGCGACGUGAGAGCAGAUUUGACAAGGAAGAACGACCCAAGGAUAGGCACAGGCGAGAGAAAGACGAUGAGCACGAACAUGAACAAAGGCAUCGCGAUCGUCAUCGCGAUGAAGGAAGUAGUCGCCCUAUUGAAGAACCCGAGAUAUUGAAACAAGACAAAGAAGAGGAAGAUGCAGAAGCUGUUGAGCAACGUCGUCAAAGAGCUCGCCUGAGGAGACUUAACCUAGAACAGCAACAGCAGCAAGAGGAAGAAGAUGAUGCUGGUAGUGAUGAAGAGGAGUUUGAGCGACGUCGAAGAAUACUCCGAGAAAAAGCCAAGCAGAGAGAGCUUGAGGAGAUGAAAUUGAAGGCAAAAGAAGAGGAGUUUGAGGAGGAGGAUGAGGAGGAAAGCGAGGAAGAGUCUAGCGAAGAAGAAGAGGAUGAUACCUUACCGCGGUUGAAGCCAUCACUUUUUUACCAAGCUGAGGUUUUCAAUCGUCUUGCUUCCAGGUUUUUGUCAGAAAGAAGGAUCGUAUCACAUUGA